AUGCCCUCUUACGGAUCUCUUCACUCACCAUCACUCCGGAAAAUGGAACAGUCCCGGGCGUCGUAUGGCCGUAGGGGCUUGAACAUGAGCAACAUCCUUGGUGACCCAUUUGCUCUGGCGACAACGUCAAUAGCUGCGCUCGCCUGGAUCAUUGCCUUCAUCAGCUGCAUCAUUGCACAGGUACAAUCCCCCGGUGAUGUCGGGACGUUCCCCCCCUUCUCAUGGUGGAGCAUAAUUUACAUGCUGUUUGUCAUUAUGGGAGUUGUCGUUGUUAUUGCGGCCAAUUCCAUCCAGACAUAUCACAUCGCGCUCGUCGGCUACUUGGCGUGCGGACUAGUCCUGACUUCGUCCUCGGUCAAUGCCUUGGUAUACUCGUCCAGCGGUGCCCGCGAGGCCGCCGCAGCCGGGUUCAUCCUGUUGUCCAUGGUUUCGAUUGUGUGGAUCUUCUACUUCGGGUCUGCCCCGUCAGCAACUCCACGAGCAUAUCUCGACUCCUUCGCCUUGACCAAGGAAUCGCCUGCGGCUAGACAGACAAUGAAUGGUGGCUACCGACCCGAGACGUCGGUAUCGAAUGCUCCGCCGCAAAUGUACACCACUUCAGCCCAGCUCAACGGCUUUGAGAACCCCUCCCCCGUCGCUGGACUCUCCUCCAGCCAAGCCGCACGCAACUCCGCUGCCACUCCUGCUUUCCCUUCAACGGCAACCAAGCCCCCGGCGGCUCAGCCCGAGUCCGAGAUCGCUCAACCUACCGAGUAUCCGUACAGCGCGAAGGCCAUCUAUAGUUACGAGGCCAACCCAGACGAUGCGAACGAGAUCUCUUUCUCCAAACACGAGAUCUUGGAGGUCAGCGAUGUUAGCGGCAGGUGGUGGCAAGCACGGAAAGCGACGGGCGAAACGGGUAUCGCCCCUAGCAACUACCUUAUUUUGUUAUGA